AUGUUUAAGGAUUGCAUGCUUGGCGACUACAAGGUCGGAGCAUUCCAGAGAAAGUGGUUUGAGAUGGUGGAGAAAUUUGGCGUCGCCGAUAAAAGAUGGGCACAAGACAUGUACGAGAGAAGGCAUAGUUGGGCAACAUCACACAUACGAAGAAAGUUCCUUGCCGAAUUUCACACAACCUCAACGUGUGAGGACUUGCACGCGGUGAUAUCAUGGUAUGUUAAGUCUCGAUACAGUUACACUGAUUUUUUACAUCAUUUUCAUCGAUGCUUGAUGUUUGGUCGUGCAAAGGAAGUCGAGGCUGAUUUUGAGUGUGCAAAGGGUGACCUUGUUUUGACCACCAACCUGAAACAGUUGGAGCGGUGUGCAGCCGAUAACUACACUCAAACAAUAUUCUAUUUGUUUGUUCCCAUUCUUGACAGGACCUGUGCAAUGAGGGUGGUUGAUUUUGAGGACAACGAUUCGUAUUUUAUCCACACCGUCUCUCGAUAUGGCACUCCUGGGAAAGAUUGGCAUGUUGUUGCAACAUCUGAAAUGAGCGAGGUCCGAUGCACGUGCAUGAAAAUUGAAUGUUUUUGGGUCCCUUGCGAUCAUAUAAUUGUGGUGCUUGUUUUUAACAAUGUUCAUGAGAUCCCAAGGUCUCUGAUAUUGCCGAGAUGGACCAAGGAUGAAAAAGUGGUGGGGUGCAGUCGAUGGGCAUAA